AUGGCGCGGGCGGCCUCGAAAGAGGCGAACACGGCGGCGCCGUCGAGCAGGCGCCCCCGUUAUCAGAGCCGCGACCCCUUUGUCCGCACUCCCACAAUCGCCGUCGUUUCUGCGGACUUGUCUCGUUUCCCUGACACGCGUCCUUGCGUUCACAAGCAGAGAGCGCCCCCGUUAUCAGAGCGCUCAAAAGCCCGCCGCUCCGAACCAGGGAGCGUCAACUACCACUUCACCCGGCGGUGCAACUACACGUGCGGCUUCUGCUUCCACACGGCCAGGACCUCCUUCGUGUUGCCCCUCGAGGAAGCCGAGCGCGGGCUCCGCCUGCUCAAGGCGGCCGGCAUGGAGAAAAUCAAUUUCUCAGGAGGGGAGCCAUUUCUGCACCAAAGAGGUGAAUUUGUUGGGAAACUGGUCCAGUUUUGCAAACAGGAGCUUAAGCUGCCAAGUGUCAGCAUCGUGAGCAAUGGCAGUAUGAUCAAAGAAAGAUGGUUCAAACAUUAUGGCAAGUACCUAGACAUUCUCGCGGUGUCUUGUGACAGCUUCUGUGAAGAAGUCAAUGUUCUGAUUGGCCGUGGGCAAGGGAAAAGAAACCACGUGGAAAAUCUCCAAAAACUGAAGAAAUGGUGCCAAAACUAUGGCGUGGCUUUCAAAAUAAAUUCUGUGAUUAACAGAUUUAAUGUGGAAGAAGAUAUGAAUGAACAGAUUACAGCUCUAAAUCCUGUCCGUUGGAAGGUAUUUCAGUGCCUGCUCAUUGAAGGAGAAAACACAGGGGAAGAUGCUUUGAGAGAAGCAGAAAGAUUUGUCAUCAGUGAUGAAGAGUUUGAGCGAUUCCUACAGCGUCAUAAAGAUGUCUCUUGCUUAGUGCCUGAAUGCAAUAAAAAAAUGAGAAAUUCAUACUUAAUCCUGGAUGAAUAUAUGCGUUUUCUGAACUGUGUAAAUGGCCGAAAAGAGCCUUCACGAUCUAUCUUGGACGUGGGUGUAGAAGAUGCUAUACAAUUUAGCGGAUUUGAUGAAAAGAUGUUUUUCAAGCGAGGUGGAAAAUAUAUUUGGAGCAAAGCAGACAUGGCACUGGAAUGGUGACCAAACAGGGUUUUUAAAAACUCUUCAGGGAAAGACACUGAAGAUUUUUAAAAGAAAUGUUUUAUGGACAUACAGCAUGCGCUUAUGUUAGGCAAAACAGUAUGCGUAUAUUUGCUCACAAAUACAUAUUUAAAUAAAGGGUUGCACCAGCAUUGUACACAAAGUAUGUCAGCUGGCACAAAAGCUCUACCUGGAGGACAGGCAAGAGAAGUCACACAGUCAGUCACACCAUGUUUCAAGGUUGUGGAGAUGAACGUUCCAUCAUAAACCAGCAAUGUCAACCUCCAUGAGACUUAAUUAGAACACGAAGAGUAAAAGAGUUGGAAGUUCUUGAUGAGGACGCAAGUGCUUUGCUAUUUCUUUAUAUCCAAGGUGGCAAUCGUUAUAAAUCCAAGGCUAAGAUGGUGGGUUGCUAAGUAGAUGUAGACAUCAUAGAGCUGUAUUGGACUGUAAAGAAAGGGGGGAGGAGCCUCUUUGACUAAUACUGUGAAUAAAGUGCAUAAUUGUAAAAACAAACAAACAGCCCCUCACCUCCCAUAGCCAGUGGUCUAGCAAUGGCUGUUAAAGCUGUAGAACAACUCCUCCUGAUACCAGAUGGAGCAAAGGCUCGGAUUCAAGCUGCUUUUAAAAAAAUGACUGUUUAUCAAAAUUGUUUUUAAUUAUAUUGUUAUAUUUUGUUGUAAGCCGC